GUAGUUAGCAUUGAAUAUUUCAUAUCUUUACUAUCAGAUAUACCUUAUUCGUUAUUGUCAGUGUUACUGACAAUGUUCUUGUAUAUCUUACUACAUUUCAUAUCAAGUGCUGCUCUUUUGUGAACAGGCAUGCUUGUAGAGGAGUUUGGAUCCCUAGAAACUUGGGUAGCCUCCUUAUUCCUAGAGAAGGCCUUUAAAUUAGCAACAGUAUUAGCUCUUGGUGAAAUAUGCUUAUUUGCAUACGUUUGCUUCUCUCUGCCUUUUGGAUUUGCCUGUUGAUCGUUUUUAUCACUAUUUUUACUCUCCUCAUCAUUGGAAUGUGAGAUUUCGCAAGCUUCUAAAGCACUAGAAAGUUUUCCCUCAGAAUUGCUAUUGCUGGAAUCAGAAUUAUCCACUACGUUCUGUACGACUACCAAGUUGGAACUGGAGGCUUCACUCCCAGCUCCAACUUUGUGUGGUGAAUCAUGGGGUUUCUGAACGAAGCAAUUUUCUUUCUGUAACUUUUCAGUAGAUUUUAAUCUACCGUCACUCUUUUUAAAGAGUAUUUCUGAUGUAACUUGAGUUCUCAGAUUUAGUCCCUCAUCUUGAACUAUGCUUCCUUUGGAAUGAGUAAGUAGUCUUCUGAAAGAUUGAGCGGAACCAUCAGGAGAGCCAAACUGAGCAAUCAUACUCGUUUUUGAUUUUUCAGUGUUCUGAGAAGACAAGGAAGGGACUUCCUUAUCCUCUUGAUCUCCGUCAAGGCUUAUCAGAGCCUUGUUUUUAACAGGGUAGAUAGCAAUUUCUUGGUCUUCUGAGAUUUUCACUCUUUUAGCCUCUCGCUUACAACUCUCAGGUGGUGAUGCUGAUUGCUUACUUUUGUCUUUCAUUUAAAAUAAAUUUUAUACAUUCCAGU